GGGAGAGAGGGAGGCUGCUUGUGACUGAGAAUGUGAGAGAGGACAACACCGACGGAUCGGUGGCAGAAAGCAGGAGGCGCUGCUUGCAGUCAGGAGGAUGCUCCUCUGACAUGCGGACUUUCUCUGACGCCACCGGCUCUACCUGACCGCCGACAAGCCCGCUCAACACACCAGGGAGCUCGUGGUUUUAUUUUCUCCUUCCCACAGUCUCCCCGCCGCCGCCGCCGUCGCUCUCUCUUCCCCCGGACCGGCUUCUAUCGACAUGCCGCCGGCUGCCCGCUCGGUCCCACUCCGCGGCACCUUGCCUGCGGUGCUGUGGGUCUGGCUGCUGUGGAGCAGCGUCUCAGCAGGAGAUAAAGAAGUCCCCACAGUCCCUCUCUCAAUUCAGUCUCCAGUGUUGACAACAGCCGGUACAAGGGAAGAUGGAUCUAAAGGUAAAACUUCCAGCCUCGCAGCAGGAGGUUUCCUGCACUCUGUGCUGGCCCAAAGAGGACGCCUCGUCUCCAAGAAAGGGGAGGUCAUCCCCUCUGCGCUGCCCCAGAAUCUGCUUCCUCUCCUGGGCAGAGGACUCAGUGUCAACUCCUUCCAUGGAAGCAACCCCCAGGAGCAUCAAAGCGAGGGAUUACCGUCGAGGGCAAAGUCCCCAGCAUCAGCUGCGGCGUCGGGCCAAGGCAGCAGUCCAAGCCAACCGCCGUCCACAGACACACACUCUCAGCUGCCUCACACGAGGACACACACACCUGAACCGGAGGCGGAAAUAACCACUAUACCAGACGUGGACACUGAAACGCCUUUAUCAGCUGCAUCCAGCUGCAUGGUGAAUUUCUCUGACCCAGAGGGAUACAUAGACUCCUCUGACAACCCGCCUCUGCCCGACGGCCUCUUCCUGCACUGCACCUACACCGUGACCGUGUACACCGGCUACGGCGUGGAACUGCAGGUGAAGAACGUAAACCUCACGGACAGCGAGCAGCUGUCCAUCAGGGGCAUGGACGAUCAAGGCGCCACGCUGGUUCUGGCCAAUCACACGCUGCUGGUGGAAGGUCAGGUGAUCCGCAGUCCCACCAACUCUCUGUCCGUCUACUACCGUUCGGCCCCAGAGGGGAGCAUGGGCCUCUUCCAGCUGCACUACCAGAUCUUCAGGCUGAGUUGCUCACUUCCGAAGAGACCUCACUUCGGGGAAGUGUCGGUGCUGGACCUGCUCCCUGGAGGCGUAGCCAGCUUUCACUGCCACAUGGGUUAUCACCUGCAGGGGGAGCCACAGCUCACCUGCAUCAAUGCCUCGCUGCCGGUCUGGAGCGGCAAGGAGCCGACCUGCAGGGCUCUUUGUGGAGGGACAGUGAAGAAUGCAACGGUGGGGCGGGGGCUGUCGCCGUCCCCCCACCACGGACCAAACGCCACUUUGGACCGUUCCUGCUCCUGGUCCCUGGAGGCACCGAAAGACCAAAGACUACAUCUGCACCUGGAGAGGCUGGCCCUGGGGCCGACCGACAGGCUGGUGUUGUGGAGCGGCCUGGGCGCUGGCUCUGUGGUGCUGUUCGAUUCAGGGCGGGGGGGGCAGAUACCCUUUGAGGGGGUGAUCAGCGAAGGUCCGGCUGUGAGGGUCCAGUUCAUCACCGAUCAGCCCAACCAUGAGACCGGGUUUAACAUCCGCUACGAAGCUUUUGAGCGUGGCCACUGCUACGAGCCGUACCUCCAGAAUGGAAAUUUCACCACAUCUGACCCCUUGUACGGCGUGGGAACGGUGGUUCAGUUCACUUGUGACCCCGGUCACUCUUUAGAGCAGGGCCCUCCGGUGAUCGAGUGCAUAAGCGCCAGGGACCCGUACUGGAAUGACACGGAGCCGCUCUGCAAAGCUCAGUGCGGCGGGGACCUGACGGGUCCAGGCGGAGUCAUCCUGUCCCCAAACUGGCCGGAGUGGUAUGGAGAAGGAGAGGACUGCAGCUGGAGGAUACACGUCGGCGAAGACAAACGAGUGCUGCUUGAUGUUCAGCUACUAAACAUCAGCGACAGCGACAUGCUGACCUUCACGGACGGCGACGAGGUCACGACCCGGAUCCUGGGGCGCUACGUCGGAGGCAGCAGCCCCUUCAAGCUCUCGUCCAGCACGCCGGACCUGACCGUCACCUUCCACUCUGACCCUGCCGGCCUCGUCUUCGGGAAGGGGGAGGGGUUCAUCAUCAAUUACAUCGAGGUUUCCCGGAACGACUCCUGUCCCGACCUCCCCGAGAUCCAGAACGGCUGGAAGACGACAUCGCACGUGGCGCUGGUGCGAGGAGCUCGGAUCACCUACCAGUGUGACCCCGGGUACGACCUGGUGGGACGGGAGACCCUCACCUGCCAGCUGGACCUCUCCUGGAGCUCUCAGCCCCCCUUCUGCGAAAAGAUCAUGUACUGCUCCGACCCGGGCCACGUGGAGCACUCCACCAGAACCCUGUCCGACCCCAAACUGCUGGUCGGCACCACCAUCCAGUACAGCUGCAGCCCCGGCUUCAUCAUGCAGGGCGGCGCCACCAUCACCUGCUACGGCCGCGAGCCGGGGACGCCCGUAUGGACGUCUCGACUCCCUCACUGUGUGUCUGAGGAUUCUGUUUCCUGUGAGAACCCCGGUCUCCCUGACAACGGCUACCAGAUCCUGUCCAAGAGGUUGUACUUGCCCGGCGAGUCACUCACGUUCGUUUGUUACCAAGGUUAUGAGCUCAUAGGAGAGGUGGCCAUUAAGUGCAUAAUCGGGAACCCUUCGUUUUGGAGCGGCCCUCUUCCACUCUGCCAGGCUAACCGUGACUGCUUUGGCAACCAUGCUUUGGAAGUUGCAGAGGCGACGGCAGGCUCCCCUCUGGAUGGAGGAAACGUAGCGCUAGCCAUCUUCAUUCUGGUUCUGGUGCUGUCUGUGAUGCUGGGAGGAGCCUACGUCUACGUCACCAGGUGCAGAUAUCACACCAACCUUAGGUUGCCGCUGAUCUACCCUCACCCUUACCGACAGAUCACUGUGGAGACAGAAUUUGACAACCCGCUUUAUGAGACAGGAGGACAGGACACUCGUGAAUAUGAAGUAUCAAUAUGAAACAUUUCUAAAGACACUUCUGAAGCAACCACCCGGCGCUGACACCUCAUCAUCCCUCCCUGACCCUUUCUACCCAGGAGGAGGCCAUGUAAAUACAAAUAAUGAUGUCCAGCCCCUCCGUGCUACAAGACACAGUCACUCAUCUCCCCCCCUCCUCCCUUUGAUGUGAUAGCUUUUGUAGACAUAAUGGGAAACUGAAGACGAACCUGUGAAGCAAAGAGAUAGUGACACAAGUCGGUGACACAUCGGCGGGAGGCAAUAUGGACAGGAUAUGUAAAGGAAGACGUCGGGGACAGGACGCCGUGGGAGGAAUGUGAAAUUAGAGGGUCAAAACAUGUUCUUUUUGGGAGAAACUAGAUUUCUAAUCAUUUUUGUUUCACUUGUAACACAGCUGCUGUCGGACUUUUAUUCUGUAGAAGCCAAGUUAAUGUAUUUUGUAGUUACCUUUGUUACUGAAGGAGUUUGACAUUUCUGUGCUAAAUUUAAAAUAUUUACAUGCAGGAAAUUCACAGAAAACAAUCAUAAUUUAUUUCACAUUUAAAAUCUAGGUGAGAAAUGUUUAUCUUUUUUGGAAAGAUCAAAUUGAAAUGUAAAUAUUAGUUGAGGGACAUAAAAUGCCACUGCAGUCUAUUGCACCAUAACUGUCAGACUAUAGGGGGCUCUGUUGUGCUGUCAGAUGUAAAUAAUAGAUUUAAAGGGGCAGUACUAUGUAAAAUCAACCUUUUUUGA